CCCCGGCUGUGUCACGUGACCUUUACUUCCGUGUUUCCAAAAAAAAAAAUUAAGAGGAGAAAAGUAAAAGAAGAUAGAAGGUUACUCUAUUCUUCUUUUACUUGAAUUGCCGAAAAGACGAGUCGACGUUGAACCUAAUCGUGACAUUUCCUUCUCGUUCAAGUUUAAAUUCAACGCCACCGUAGAGUCGGGAUGAUUUGGACGGCAGCGGUGUUGGUAUCGGGGUUCAUCGUAGCCGCUGAGACGUUGGACAACGGCCUGAUGCGGACCCCUCCCAUGGGCUGGUUGGCGUGGGAACGCUUCCGCUGCAACGUCGACUGUGAGCAUGACCCCAAGAACUGCAUCAGGCAAGUUGGUCCAAUUUGGAAUCAUUCACUUGAAUGUCUGAUAAAGAUUCUAAACACAGCGCGCACGCCUUCCCCGUCCAGCGAGAAACUGUUCACCGACAUGGCCGACAGGCUGGCAGAAGACGGCUGGAGGGAGCUGGGCUACGUCUACGUCAACAUCGACGACUGCUGGGCGUCCAUGGAGCGGGACGAGCGGGGGCGGCUCCAGGCGGACCCGAAGAGGUUCCCGGGAGGAAUCCGCCGGCUGUCGCGCUACAUGCACGACCGGGGCCUCAAGUUGGGCAUCUACGGCGACAUGGGCGCCCACACCUGCGGGGGCUACCCUGGCACGCCGCUGGAUAAGGUUGAGGUGGACGCUCAGACCUUCGCCGACUGGGAGGUGGACAUGUUAAAGUUGGACGGUUGCUAUUCCAACGCCACGGAGCAGGAGCAAGGCUACCCCCGCAUGUCCAAGGCUCUAAACGCCACGGGCCGUCCUAUUGGCUACUCCUGCAGCUGGCCCGCCUACCAAGGUGGUCUGCCGCCCAAGGUGAAUUACGGUCUUUUGGCCGAGAUCUGUAACCUGUGGCGUAACUACGACGACAUCCAGGACUCGUGGGACAGCGUGCUCAACAUUGUGGACUGGUUUUUCGAUAAUCAGGAGGUCCUGACCGCCGCGGCCGGUCCCGGGAGGUGGAACGACCCCGAUAUGCUGAUCAUUGGUGACUUUGGGCUCAGCAUGGAGCAGUCGCGGUCCCAGAUGGCUCUCUGGGCCAUCAUGGCCGCCCCCCUCUUCAUGUCCAACGAUCUCCGCACCGUCGGCAGCGGGGCGCGCAGCAUCCUGCAGAACAAAAUGGCCAUCGGCAUCAACCAGGACGCCCUGGGCCUCCAGGGAAGACGCAUCCUGAAGGAGAAGAGCGGGGUCGAGGUGUUUUGGCGGCCGCUGUCGAACGGCGCCAGCGCCCUGGCGUUCUUCAGUCGACGCGAUGACAUGCCGUACCGCUAUCGAACGUCCCUCGGCGAGCUGAACUACACCACGGGUCGCUACAAGGUACAAGACGUCUUCUCCGGUCAAAGCUUGACGCUCAAAGACUCGAGCAGCUUUGUGGUGUCGGUGAACCCUACGGGCGUAGUCAUGUGGUACGUCUCGGCGCCGACCAAAGAGAAACCCUUCUCGGGCCAAUUCCCUCGAGACGGCCCGGGUGACCUCGCCAACGCCGUCCCGCCCAUCUUCCUGUGACCACGCCUUCUUUCAACUGACAAGACAUCAGAGCACCUGGUAAAGACGAGUUUUCAUAACUUGAGGUGUAGUUUGAAGACUGAAGUAAACUCAGGGUCAGACUUUCUCAAACUUUGUGUAAUGUGUGCUCAACUUCUGCACAUUUAUUGAUUUCUAUCACGGGGGAAAAAAUUAGCUGUUGAUUAUCUAUUUAUGAGCACUUGCUGAAUGUUUUUUUUUUUUUUUUUUUUUAAAUGGGACACAUUGUUCCAUUCAAAGUGACAACUUAAAAAGAAUGCUAAAUGACACGUCUGCACGAUACUUGAUCUUUUAUUUUGAAGAACAUGAACUUGACGUGUUGACAUAAAUUACAAACUUAGCGAAUAAAAUGCAUAUCACUCAUACAUCUGUAUUUAUUGCUCAUAUAGAUGAUUUGCUAACCUUACUGAUCCUGA